AUGAUGGUGCUGCUGCUGGAGGCGUUGUUUUCCACGGGGGCGCUGUUGCUCCGCGUGUACGAGGCCGCGUGCUUUGUGCUCGAGGUGCACUUCGCCCUGGUGUCGGCGCUGCUGCUGGUGCUGCGCGCCCUGCUCGGCCUUCCCGGGGCCGCCCUCGGCCUCGUCACCUCCGGGGCGGCGGAGCUCCUCGCCGCCUCCUGCCGCGCCGCGUGCGGAGGCCUCGCGCUGCUGCGCGGCCUCGGCCUCGAGUGCCUCGGCGCCCUGGUCGCCGCGCCCGGGGCGACGGCGGACGCCGCCCUCGCCGCGGCCCGCCUGCCGGCCUCGGCCGCGCUCGGGCUCGCCGGGGCGCUCCGCGCGGCCGCCGAGGCCCUGGGCAACGCGGGAGCGGCGCUCGUCGCCGCCGCGGGGUCCGCGGCGAACGCGGUGGGGGGCGCCGUCGCGGCUAACACAGCCGCCGUGACAAACGCGGUGGACGCCGUGGCGAGCGGAGCGGCCGCGUCGGCAAUGUGCGCCGCGACGAACACCGCGGACGCCGCGCUGAGCGCCGCGGCGCACUCUGCGGGUGCCGUCGCGGCCGCGCUGAGCGGCGCCGUCGCCGCGACCGCGGGCGCCGUCACGGCCACGGCGGGCGCGUUCGCGUCCCUGCUGAGCGCAGCCGGCUCGGUCGUCGGGUGGUCGGUGGAGGUCGCCGCGGGCGCCGUCGCGUACGCGCUGGGCCUAGCCACAGGUGCCCUGGGAGCCGCUUCCGCCGUCGCGACGGCCUCCCUCGCCGCCGCCGUGGACUUUUGGCUCUUCGCGCUCAGGUUGCCUCUCCAGCUGCUGUCGAUUUCGGCCGGGGCGGUGGCGACCGCCGUCGCGCUGCAGGGGCUUUUGGUGAGCGCGGCGCUGAUCGGCCUCGGCGUCUGGUACCUGAGCCCGCGGCCGCGGAGGCGGGCGGCGGCGUACGCACGCGUACCGCGAGCGCGGAUCCUCUCCGCGGCGUUGCGCGUUGCCUCGGCGAACCUGGCGGCGCUGAUCCGCGCGGCGCUGCGGCGGACGGCCCCGGGCAGGCACCGCCAGCGGCUCGAUGUCUACCCGGCCCCGGCUCCGUUGGCGGCGCUGCAGCCGCCCGCGGCGCGUCGCGGCGCGCCGUGGGGCGGCGACCCGGGGCCGGCGCGGGUCGACGCUCCGCGCCCGGAGCCACUCCCGACGGAGCCGGUGCCGGACCAGCGGCGCGAGGAGGCGGCGGCGGCGGCGGUCGUCGAGGCUCGCGAGCGGCAGCGAGGUGAAGCCGCGCGGAAUGGCAGCGGCGAGGCCGCGGGCGUGAGGCCGUUGUGGGAGCAGCAGGAGUUUCUACGGCAGGAGCAAGAGGAGGAGGAGGAUAAUCACAAGAGCUGCGUGAUUUGCCAGGACCAGGCCAAGGGAACGGUGCUGCUGCCCUGCCGACAUCUGUGCCUGUGCAGCGCGUGCGCGCGCACCAUCAUGCGCGGCCCCUUCAACCAGCAGAAGUGCCCCCUGUGCCGGAAAAUGAUCGUCCACACCAUGGAUGUGUUUAUGUAGCGGAGCUGGGGGCAGUUCAAAUGACAAUUACGCAAUGAAGUUUAACAAUUGCUUUUGUGGUGGCAAUUCGUUUUUUUUUAAUUGCACGAUAACAGUGGUAAUUGAACCCCGAGUCCGCUCCCUCUCCCACCGUCUUACCAGAGCAAUGUGAAAUCAUCCCGAUGGCUUGGGGUCGCCACUGGGGGAGGCACCUCGACCGAUCUGUUCCUGGCAUUCCAAACUGAGCGUCCACUAAUGUGAAAAGGUGUCAUCGUCGUGAAAGAUGGACUAUGAACUCCGAGGUCUUUGGGACCACUACUUUUGGUGGGCACGCGUGGGAUUUUGUUAAAUCUUGCAGGCAGCGGACUGAUGCCACACCGCCGGUGCGGCAAAAGAGACCGUGGGUAGCGGCUCCUGCAGUUAGUUGCCCCCUCAAGGAAUUUUCUCCAAUUAAUAGAUCACAUUUUUGUCCACCAAACAGAGCUUCCCUUGGGUUUCAUUUGCUGACAUUAAGGGAUUGCGCAAUUAUUUAGUUUUCGUUUAGGGUUAGGAUGAUAGGUUAGAUUCUUAGGGUUUUGAAUUUUGGGUGAGGUUUAUUAGCUGCUAAGACUGCAUUUCUUUUGCCACAAAUUUGUAGUCACAUAAUUUCAAAAGACUGAUUUUCUUGCCAUGCAUGUAAUCUUGGCCAGUUUUAAAAUUAGCAGUUUUCUUUAUUUAAAGUGUCGUUGAACGUGUGUGCUGGACUGCGUUUUUGCACGUGCGUCUUUUAUCACUGGAUCGUUGAUGUGUGAAAUGCUACUGUGCCUGGUGCGGUGCACUAAUGUGUCGUCAUACGGCAGUGCACGAUUUGCUUCAAUGCGUGGACAACUGAAGGUUUUUUUUUGUUGUCCAUGGGAAAUCGGCUCGAUGCAAGCUGGCCGCACAUGGGCUGCAUAUUUGUUCGAGCCAAAUUAAACUUAACUAAAGGUAAAAAUAAAUGUUAAUUUAAAAAAAUGCUCAAAAACAAUUGGCUAAAUGUUGAUUUGAAGCUUUCGUGACUGCAGGAAUCCAUACUCUUUGGUU